GGCGUCCUUUUAAGUUCGAUGCAUAUUCAAUGUUUACUACAAAGUUUUGUCGUUUUUCUUUUUACACAUUGAAGAUGUCCUAACAUUUCGAUAACAUCUACACUGGAAAUGAAUAUGGUCGUCACUGUAAGAGUUUCUAGAGGCUUUUAGCCAAAUAUUUUGAGAAACUAUUGUACUCUUCCGACCUUGACCUUCCUGUCGCUAUGAGUUCUACAGUACGCGAUGAAGAUUACAUCAAAUUUCUUCAAGAUCAAGGUACACAUGACUGUUUAUUCAGAUAAACGAAAAUAGUAUGAACGUUUAGCGUAUACCAGUGAAGUUGCUUGACUAAACUUUCGUAAGACCACCUGUUGAUGUUAAGAUUUAAUUUUUAAAGUCGCUCUGCGAAAUAUGGCCAUGAUCCGAGGUACCUCAAAGUUUUGGAAAAAAGUGAUAUCAACAUUUUGCAGAAUCGAUGACAGUUUCAUUUGAUUAUUGCUUAAUGAUAGAAGGUUGUCAAAAAGUGCUCAUAUCAGGAUAUACGAGGCUUGAUUAAGUUUAUUAGGAGCUUAAUUAGUAUCGAAGGGUCGAUCUAAUUACUAUAAAAAUUUAGAGCAAAAUCUUGCAGCAGUGACACAGUUAGACUGCAAACAAACUUCACACUUUCUGGAAAUACAGUGUAGAGCUACAAAAUUACCUUAAAUUGUUUACUAGGUGAACAAUCCAUCGAAAAAAAUCUGAUCGCACUGCACAAAAACAAGAUGCUACACUGAACGUAAAGGUUGUUACUCUGUCAGAGAUACCGCCAGUCAUUAAAUUAUUAAAUCAAUGUAAAAUCAAAUGGUUGUUCCAAUCAUUAUGUAUAUGUCAUGAUAUAGUGUACAUGCACAUGGUGAUGUAGAAAAUAAUUUUUUCAUCAUUCUUUUCAACUACAAAUGGUAGAGUCACCUUGUGGCUGGAAGUCCCUUCAUUUCACAUCUGGUCCUAUUUCAGCAGUAUCAUGCUUCUAUCAGAAUUCCCUCCCCCCCCCCCUCGGCAUUUAGGGAUUAUCAUUUCAUGGUAGGGUUACCUAUUGGCAUUUCAUCAAUUUGCCUUGUCAAUUUGCUGGUACUUGGUUAAUUUCUUGAGUGACUUGUCCUCAUCCUUUGAAAUGUGGACCUUUAAAAAUGAGAGGCUUGUAAACUCACCACUCAGCCACAUACUCCUCAAGGAACCAAUCCUUUGCUAAAUCCAUGGAUCAAGUGGUUUGGACUAGUCACAGCUCGGCUUGUUCCAGGCCCUUAGUCAGUGGAGACAAGCAAAAGAGUGGGCAAGCAUCAAACAGCAGUCUCUCUUGUCUGGGAAAUGGCUGCUUUGCCUGAGCCCUGCUGUCAUUUUUUAGCACCUGAGAACGUGACAUAUGCUAAUUGCAACUCUAAGAAUGAUAAUAAAUAAGCGCCUGUCUACCAGGAGGUCACUUUGAAAGGUAAAGUAGGUCAACAACUCCAUAACUAGACAACCAGACCCUAUGGUGAUGCCUUAAAUCAAACAGUGCUGAUUUGAUGUUCAUUGUUAUCUUUCAGUGAGGAGACUAAAUGCUGUUCUUGAGGAAUAUCAAAAGAAAUAUCUUCCUGUUCAAGAACCAGAAGUCAAGGUAAAGUUAACAAAAAUUCAUAAUACAAUAGAGUCCCAAUUUCUUGAAUCCUUCAAGUUGGGUUCUUGAAACUUCCAAUAAUUUGAUUCAAUGCUGAUUUUUACUUCUUAGGCAAACAGUAUGAUAUGCUGAAAUUAAUACCCAUAUUUUUGGAAUCCUCUCAUAAUUCAAACCAAUUUCCUUUGUCCCAGCCUCACUCUUCAUGGGUCAGAUGUUUGAGUGUGAUACAACAUAUGCUAAAAAUUAUUUAAUUUAUUUUUCAACACUUUUGUGCAAGAUAUUUGAUUAUGAUUGUAUAAUUAUGAUCAUUUAUUUCAAUUUUUUAAUUUUCCUCUUUUUUUCUCUAGGGGAAAGAGCCUCUUCCUCCAUGGAUCACAAAUUCCAGGUUAGAAGAUAUUCUGGUCUUAAACAUGAAAGGUUUAACUGAAAUCAGCUUGUUCCUACAUCCGUCCUGGAACAUAAUGCUUCAUAACUGAGGCAUAACUAAAUAUUUGACUUCCUAACUUAAUGGAGACUUGUCUCCAUGCAAUUGAAACAUUAUUAAAAUUGAAAGCAAGCUACUAAGUCAGAAGACAAGCAAUAAAUUACUUUAAUCAUUAUUGUAUCUCUAUUUCUCAAUGUUUUUCAGCUCUUACAUUCAGUAAACCUAAUCUGUUUUUUUUUUUAUUUUCCUCAUAGAUGUUAUUAUAUAAUGGUAGUAUGAGAAAUCAAAUGGAUGUAAUUCUGCAUUAUGCUUGUAAUAUCUACUCUCCAGUCAUUUACAGCCAGUCUUUUUGGUGAAGUGUUUCUCCUCUCCCUCCCUCCCUCCCAAAAAUAGUAUUUUUCCCCCCCUCCAUCCUACCCACUGAUAAUGUUCCUCUACCUCCCCUCUCACCCACAGGUAACUGCUUGAUGUUUAAGGUGGUAAAUUUAGAAACACAAAGACUUUCUUUAAAAGUAAAUUUAAAUAAAAUUUCUAAUUCCUCCUUAAACAUGUCAAGGCUUAUGUUCAAUAUUUUUCUGUUUGUUGCAGCAUUUUAUCCCCACUUCUAGUUGAGUAUGAUAACAACAUCAAAAGUUCUCAGGAGCAGGCCAUGUUCCUCAAGGUAAAUCAGAAGCAGAUUGAAAUAAUUCUUGCAGCACCAAAUCCUGGUUGUAAAAGAUUCAAGAAAGAUUUGUAGUCAUAAGACUCAUUUUUGUCUUUUAACAUGACAAAUAAGGAAACCAUAGAAUUUAUUAAUUUGUUUGUCUCUUAAGUAGUCAUGCUGUUUUGGUGGGACAAGUGAGUUUCAAAAGCUAGAAGUCGAUUAAGGGUUGAUAAAGAAAGAUACUCUAUCAUGACAAAUCUGGAAAGCUGACAAUUUGAGUGAUUUAGAGAGCUAACCUUUUUUAGCAUUUGCUCUGCUCUGGCAAAGAGAUAACAUUUGAAAUCAUCAUGUCAACUCUCCAAAUUGUGUAAAAUAGUUUUACUUUACUCUGAGUCAGUUUCAAGUUGAUUACCAAUGCAUAUUUUACAGGAUUUACAAGCACUUUGUUUUAGAUCUCCUAGGCAUAUUUCUACUGUUAAUGUUGAUGUUUUUUUUUUUUAAUUUUAGGAAGAGUUGUCUUCAUUGAAGCAAAAGACAGAUCAUGUUGUUCAAGAAAACACAAGGUGUGGUCUUAGCUUUGAUGUUUUUUUCUUCUUUGGCUCCUGACAAACAUUGUGGUUUGUUAAUGUCUUAGUUGUGUUACUGUUUUUUUUUUGUUUUGUUUUGUUUGUUUUGUUUUGGUUUUUUUUAACAAGGUUACAUGAGGAAUUAAGAAAAAGCAUUGAGGCGCAAAUGGAUGUUAUGCGUCAAGGUGAUGGUAGUGGUGUUGAGAAAGAAGUGAUGGAGAACAUGCGGCAUCAGCUCCAGCUACUGUCUCAGGUAAUUGUUUUUCCAGCAAUGGUAGUAUUCUAUCAAGACCAAGUAAUGCACAAGGUUAACUAUUCUGUACAUGGUCAUUUUUAGGGCUUCCUGAAAGAUGGGCCUUAUUAGAGAGGAAGGAUAUCAGAGUGAUGGGUCUUGUUAGAGAGAGGGGGGGGCGUAUUAGAGAGGGAGGAUUAUAGGAGAGAGGGAUUUUUUUAGUAGGGGUACAUAAAAGAGGGGGACUUCUUAGAGGGGGUAUUAGACAGAUCAGGCUUCUUAGAGAGGGCGCUUUUUAGAGGGGAAGGCUUAUUAAAAACCUACUCAGAGUUUUAAUGAGGUCAUUAUAUUUCCUCAGAGGAAGGAUAUCAGAGUGAUGGGGCUUGUCUGAGAGGGGGGCCUAUUAGAGAGGCAGGAUUACUGCUAACCAAAGUUCAAAUUUUGUUGGUUGUUUUACAUUCAAGGAAAGAGACAGCUAUGUGGACCUGUGGCAAAAUGCUUGCAAUGAACUGGAAAAGCUUCAGGAAAUUGAACGGGUUUGUUCUGUCUUCUUCUGUCUUAGAUUUUUAUAAAGUUAUACAAACAAAUUCUCUUGUUGCUCGUUAAAAAGAGGCAAGCAUGCAUUUUAUCUGUUGCAGGAAAAAGAUGGUGAGUUGAAGGGAAGAACAAGAGCAAUGACAAGCCUGCAGGUAAUUUUAAGCGUAGUUCCUUAUAAAGGAGUCAUGUCAUGUUAAGCCUAGAAUUUUCAAGGGCAUUAUUUGAACCUUUACCAUGUUAUAGUCAGGCUUUCCUUGUUUAUUUUUGGUGAUUAGUUGUUGUUUUUGUUGUUUUUGUUGUUGUUUUCCCCUUCAUUAAGGUAUUGUUUUAUGGUCUCCUAACCCUAACUGUAAGCAAAGUAAAUUGAAGAGUUGCCCAAAGUUAGUAAUUGCUAGACAGUUCUUGUCUAGACAGUCCUAGCAACAUUUCCUGAAUGCAGCAUUAUUAUGUGCAAAGUGGGUUUGUCCUUUCAAUUUUAUGAAUUGUAUCCUGCACUGGGUUUGGGAUUUUAUUUAUCAAACAUCAGCUGUCGUGCAAUGUUAGUGAUAUUACAUCUAAAACAGCAAUUUGCUGUUUUUAAUUGUGCUUUUGCACAAUUUUGUAGGUGUAAGCUUCAUCAUAGAUCUGCUUUGGGCUUGUUUUCUUAAUCAUAUAGAAUGAUCUUCACAAAGCCAGGCAAUUUGCUGAGGAACUUCAGUCAAUAAACAAAAAGUUAAGAUUGGUGAGAGUAUUUUAAGAGUUGGGGAGGGGUGAGACUAAUUUAGCCUUGUUCCCAGGGCCUUGUGGACAAGUCUAGUCACAUAGAAGUUAGGCUCAAAUUUUGCUACCAUUUCUAAAACUUAGACACAAUAAUUUGUUUUAGUUUAUGUCACUUAUUGAAUCAGUCGCAUUUGAAACCCUUAUCGUCACAAGAAGGUUAAGUAGUGCUUCUUAUUACUAAGCUAGGAUUUCGACCUCCACCCUCCCUUCCCCCCACGCGGAGAACGCUACCAUAAGGCUUAGUGAGAUGUCAUGCACUAAAACCUUGUAUCAAUAAAGCUAAUAUAACGCAGCAGACACUUUUUUUUUCUUGUUUCGUUUUAGCGUUUCAAACGCAGAACAAAAUCACCUUUGUGGUUGAUGUAGACGUGUCGUGUAAUCGGUCAGUUGUAACACUUAUGGAAUACAACGGCUUUGUGUCUUGAUUACUGUUUCGAUUCCCGGUUGCAAUUAAAGGGAUCAAUCUUUCCUGAAUUGGAACGAGAAUUUUUAUUUGUCUUUCACGAAUGUGCGAAAAUUUGCCUUGGUACUCAAAAUUUUAUUUCGGCUAAACAUGGUCGAAAUUCUAGUCUGUAUGAUGUCGUAAAGUAAUAACGUGCUUUCGCAAAAUACUGUUGAACGAUCAUUUACAAUGUAAAGGACCUUUUUUUCUUGUUAUCUCUACUAAGAGCGUCGUAACUCUCUUUCAUUAUUAACUGUAUUUAUCCUUUAAGAACAAAACAAUAAAUAAUUUGUGAGCGUCAAGUUUAUUGUUUGAUGUACGUUAAUUAGUCCUUGUUUUGAAAAGUUAAUACAAUGGUCGUUUUUUUGUAAUUUUGAAUCUAUUUCCCUCAUACGAUUAUGUUGAAACCUGAUGGUACGAGAACGUAUUAUUUGUUGUUCGUGUGGUCUUAUAAUUAGGGAAAGCUUUUGUAUCAGCUUGCUCUAAAUUGCCUAAAAAUCUUCAGGCAAACAAACUGUCAUUUCCACUUCAGUGAGUGAAACUGAAUUUAAGAAAAAUACAAGUGAGGUUGAAAAAGUCUCAACAGAGCUUAUCGUCUUAAACUAAAAGCUUAUUGGUGCAUACGCUGUCCCGGAGUAUUGUCUCUGAGUAUUAUUUUCAUAUUUUUAGGAACAUGAAAAAUUUCUCGGCACAGCUCAGACCCAAGAUCAGGAAAUAGACGAAGUUCGAAAUGAGCUCAGGUUUGUUCAGCAUUUCUACUUUCUCAGGUGUAAAUCCAGUUGGAAGAACUUCAUUCGUUGAGUUCAAACUUCAAAUUUUUUUUCAUGUGAUGCGGAAUUUUUGCGAUCCACACAUCGGUUGACAAGUACUGUACAACGAUCUUUGAACGGACCAGUUUAUUUUAAAGUCAAACUGACCACCGACUACAAUGAGAGUGUGCUUACGGUUCUCACAGCUGUCUUGCACAAAACACUAUUUUCCCGUAGAUCACAUGUACGGCCUACAGUCAAGCCACGUGCCUGAAUUAAUUAGAAUGAGUGAUGGUUUCUGUUUUAAACCUGACCAAUCAGAGGGCGUAGUGAAGAAAAACCAGUGAAAGAAGUCCUUUUUCAGUCUCGAAUUACUUUUGACGCUUAAUUGAAAAUUGUUCAAAUAAUAGAAUUAAUAAUUUUGUUCUCUGUUUUCUGUGACAGGAGGUGCAAAGCUGAGCUGAAAAACUCCAGAGCGCAGAACGAAGAACUUCGCAGAACGCUGGAGAUAAUGGAAGGACAAAUUAGAGUGAGGGUCAGUAUUCUGUACCGUGUCUACUUCACUCAGAAUGCAGAGUCCUUUGCUCGAAGAUUUGGGCGGAGUCUGCAAUGAUCAAACUUGCCUUGCGUCACGCAAAACUUCCCUUCCACAGAAAAUUUUCUUUCCUCGCGGAAAACCCACGCGACUGUGGGCGUCUUUUAACCAUCAGAACUGAGAAGAGAUGAAGAUGAAACUCAUCAUUAUAAUAUGGGUUCAUUAUACUUUAAAAAAGGUGCUGAGAAUCUUCCAACCGAUCCACUUUCCGUUCCCUUACGGCACUCUUUUUCAGUUUUCGCGCAGAAAAUAACUUGAAAAAGUUGUCACAUUGUAGAUAAGUUUCCGUUUAAUGCUGAAGUUUGAUAUGUUACCCGAGCUGUUUUCUUGCAGGAUAGAGAGAGAGAGAGAGGAAAUGAGGGUAACAAAGACCUUCCUGAAGUCGACACUCGAAUGGAACAACUACAAACCACUCUUAUUGCACUGGAGUCGAGGUGAUAUGUUUUUACCUUCCAUGUACUCGUCUUUUUCUGUUUCUUUCUUUAAUUUUGCGCCAACAGACAACGCAGUUUAAAAAGCGUGAUCCUUUCAAAUCAGUGCAAGUCAAUAACACGACUAAACACGUCAUAGUCACAACAAAACCAAUCUGAACUCUUAGGCCUGAGAACCGCUGGAAACUUUUCUUCCUUUUUCUUACUCACCGUAUCGUGGAAAACUUUUCGUUGAAUGAUGCACGAAAUAUGUAAGGCUAAGAAUAUUUUGACAUUUACAACAUUACCCGUUUGGGGCGCCUUUUAACAUUUUUGAUAUUCUUGAGAAUGAUAUUAUUUCAUUACUGUAUCCUAAACAAUAACCUGUUUGUAGGGUGUUCAAACUGAUGCGCGUUUCCAUUGAGUGUUUAAAAAAACAAUCAUGACAGAAAAAUUGAAGCAAAUCACAAUGGCCAAUCAGAAUCGAGGGAAAUACCACAAGAAGCCAAUGAGAAUUCAAAGAGAGGGCCGCGUCGAGCGCGGGAAAACACAACUGACAAGGAGUUACGAUUGGCUCAAGUUUUGUAUCUGAUUGGUUGCAAAAAUGGCCGCAGUUUUCUUGACCAAUCACAGCUCUAGCAAGACAAAAGCGGUUCCUUAUUGGUUCUGACACUUGUACCUCGGGUAUUUCGUUUGCGUCGUGGUACUGCUCUCUCUGUAUUUUACUAAAAUUGCCCUUUAAUGUCACCCCCUGGAUGGUCGUGUUUUCAAUGCCCAGUUCUUCAACAAUAUUUCUUCUCUUUUAUAUGUCUACCCUUGCUUCACUUAACGAUUUUUAUUUCUAGGAAUGGAUAAUGACUCUGUAGUCUUCAAUUGUUACUUUUGUAACCCUCAUAUUUUAUUUGUAGGCUGUCUGGGACGCUUAAAGAAGUCGGACGGCUCAGAUCAGAGAAAGCUGAGCUGGAAGAAAGAUUGGAAGUUUUACAGAAAAGAAGGUACUUGGGGCAAGGGGGUCGGGAGAGACAGCCUGCGAUUUGAAAAAAGUUAAGAUCACGAAGCAAAUACGCACCUUCGACGUGCUAAUCAUGGUGAACAUGACGACUGCAAACGAACUUUAUUCUGAAUGCGUUGUGUUUUUCUUUGGUAGUUCUGAUCAGGAACAGCGUGAGUUUGAAGCUAUUGCUCACGUCAGAGACAGUGUACAGAUGGUGGAAAAUGCCAUUCUUGAGAGAGACCAGGUAUGAAAUAGAAGAUGACUUCGUGAAACUCUUGUAUGACAAAAUGCGUGUUGAAAUCGAAAUUUGGUUUCAUCCGUUUUUAUGCGAAUGAUAAACUGGUUGGUGAAGUAUAUCGACAUUCGUUUAAGAAUUUGUGACGGACUGCGUAUAUGAGACUUUUGUGUUGUUGAUUACUUUCCUUAAAGAUAACAAUUGCACACGUAAAUAUUUCGCGCGCCUUUUUUUUCACUUUGCGCGUUCAAGAGAUAAACUUUUUUGUUUAUUCCCAGGCCCUUGUCCGAGAGCAACAGAAAACGCAAGAAGUAGGCAGGCUUCAAGAAGUCAUCAAUAAGAUUCUCAGGGAGGCUGGGAAAAGGACAAGAGAAGAGGUAAUUGUACGGAGAAUUUAAACAUAAAGAUGACUGUCUGCCUGUUUUACUGCUUUGAUGUACAAUUUUCAAAUUAAGAGAUAUGUGGAACAUGGAGUGAAAAGAAUGAUGAAGUGAAAGGGUGAAAGAUGGCGACUUAAGAGAAAUAAAGAAAUAUUUUUAAUGAAUAAAAAAAUGUUCCUAACUUUUUGAAUUGACACGACUACUUGACUCGCUGCUGAUACUAAAAAUAAACUGGGAGCUCGUCACACAUGAUUCUAUUAAUGGCGUGACUCAACUUACAUAUCCCUGUGGGGAUCCCUGGCGAAAAUCUAAUCUUUUUUUAUUGUCCAACUUUCUUGACAAACUGAAUAACGUUUUUAUGUUAAACAUUCGUCAUUUACGAUUGUGGUGGGACGAAGAAAGCUUGUGACGAUUCGGACCGUAGCUGGUUUUAAUUUUGCUGACGAAUGCUGGACUGAGUUACAGAGGACUUGUUGUUUAGUCAAGGGAUGUGCUAGAUUCGUUUAUGACGAGCGCACUACAUACCGGGAGAUGCAGCGAUGUCGAAACUGCCCUGCGUUUGAAAGUGUGGUUUGAUAGUUUUGAGCCUCUACUUGUGUUCUAGUUGAUUCACAUAUUGACUGUGAUUUUGUUACCAGGUGGAUUCUGUUCGGAAUCAGUGUAACAAAAACAUCCAGAAACUAAUGGAGGAGAUGCAUUUUCUGGAAUUGGUGAGUAAAUGGUGCUAAAUUAAAGGAGGUCGCGUUGUCACUUUCCCUGGGAAACUUCUGUCUGCCAAUAGUUCGAAUCAAAAUUUUAUUGGCAGGCUAUCCCUUGUACCCUAAAGCUGUAGCUGGAAGGGGACGGGUAGAGUGGCAUGUACCCUCUAUUUGUCAUGAAGAAAUUAUAGGUUAUGAUUAGAGAAAAAUCUCGCACCUCCCCCCCCCCUCCCCCUUAGACGCCUGUGUGGACCUCUUUUUAGGAAAUCCUACAAGCACGCGCGGUUAUGAUUGCGUGUUGAAUAGUAAUUUUAUGGCAUCAUUUUCACUAAAUUUUCCCAAAUUCCUUCGCUUACCGUUACUUUGAAGAAGUCAAUAACACGUUUGUCUUAAUAUCAAAUUCGGUUAAUGACUGCUUGUACCAAGUUUUCAAUAUCAGAAAGUGGUAUAGAUUAGUUACUAGCGAAAAUACCUCGAGGAAAUUAUUCCGUUUUUUACCCAGACACAAUCAGAGAGCAAAUGUGAUCGAAUAAAAAACAUAACUCUGAUACUUUACCUUUAUUCUGAUCACUAACCGUUACGAUUACCGAUUUGUGGCUGUGGUGAAUGGGUUGUGACAGACCUCGCCGCUUGAGGGUGUAGACGAAACAUCGAAAGGGAAAUUACAUUUUUUGUUAGGUACCGGUGGUGUACUCUGUUGCAUGAGUGGUACCACCUGAAAGUCUUCUCGGACAAAAUUACGUGGUUUUUACCACCAGCAUCCAAUAGGGCAUAAAAAUGGUCCCUCCCUCGCCUUGUACACUUUUUCUUCCCCUAAAAGGAAAAUGACAAAGAGCUGCAUUGUAUGAAUUCACUGAAGCGUUAAGAGUUGAUUUACGGAAAAUAGUUACGCGAUAUCACUGUCUUAGCCGACAACAAAGGGUCAUUUCUCAGUCAUGUAAUUUCUUAUCCACUUAUUUUUUCCAAGUAUACAUCUACUGCACUUAUCUUCUUAAUUUCAUUUUUCCUUUAAGAAUUGUUGUUAUCUUGUGUCCAGAAUUCUAAAAUAUUCCCGGAAAAACUCUACUAAUCUGUGCGGGCUAAUAUUUAAGCCGGUUAAUUUGCCGAUGACAUCAAACAUGCCACUCGCAUUUGAAAGCCUUUUAUUGACAUUUCGCGAGGGACGCGGAAAAGUCGCUCUAGGUAUGAAAUAGUGAAAAACUAACUUUCUUUAGACCACUCUUUUGGCGACAUGGAAACUUCUCCGGCCCGCACAAGAGACAAGAAGUGGAUCUUUGAAUAUUAUCCGGUAAUUAAGCGCUUGUGUUAAAAUUUAAUUUCUGUUGAAUUUAGGAGGAUUGUAAAUUCGUUACUGUUCGUUACUAUUUCACGAAUGUCAUGUACUCCGUUGGUUUGGGUGGUCGAGCAGUUCUCUUUGGAAUUUACGAGCAUGCUUAUUCUUUCUUUGUCAUGUUAUGACCAAAAUUCGAUUUCUAUUUUGAUGUGUGGACAUUUUUCAUCGUAUUCGAUUCCUUUUCUUUCCGGACGCGUUGUCAAGUUAUUUGCAUAAUGCGUUUAUAAACAUUCAGUCGUCGCUUUCGAUAAAUCACUUCAGUUUUCUUCUUUCUCGCUAUUUAGCGAUACACAUGAAGACUACUAUUUCAAUGACAGAUUAUGUUCUACUAUAAGUACGAUUCUUGACCGGGUAAUUUGAUGAAUAAGCUAUGGCUGUGAUCUGACACGUGAAGUAAAUACAAGAUCUUUUGUAUUUAAACCCGAUGUGAUUAUUCUUCUCUGUUUUAAAUGAACACCAAGAGUUAAUUCCUAAGUUUAGAUUUCUUAGUUUUUUAAAUUUUAUUUGCGUGUUGAAACGAAUGUUACAUAUGAUUAUUGUGUGACAUUCCUUUUGGUCUGUCGUCACGCAACCACUUGAAAUAAUGAUUAUGUCACACACUCUAAUCGUUGCUUUAGUGGUAUCUUUUCUAAUCGAAUUCCCCAAAAUACAAUUGCGUCGUACUGAUUCUUCGCUUUUACUCCAAAGGACAGCUUAUCAGCUCAAAAAAACUGACAUAACCGUUUUGUAUCAAACACUAAAAGUACACCAAACUAGAUGAUAAAAUGGAAGUGCUAACCUGUUAUCGUUACAUUGGACAUAACAUUGUACUGAUCUGUGCUUCUCCAGGAAGGAGCUGAGAAACAAGCUCAGUUAGAGAGAUCACUAAGGGAGAAGGCCGCCGUGGAAAAAGAACUUGAAAAGGUGAGGCUUCUACAAGUUAUUUCUCUCUGUUAUAGUAGGAAAAUGUAUUUCAAGGCACUUAAUUCUAAUAUUUGCCUUGAAUAGCAGACCACUUUUGAGUUAUCGUCUACCAGGGUUGGCAAAACCCUUACAGUUAACCCUUUAACUUCCAGAAGUGAUAAACACGUAACUUCUCCCCACAAUAUCCAUACGUUAUCCAGCUAAAAGGUAAUGAGAAUACUCAGACUUAUCGGGUUGAAGUUGUCAUCUAGAUCUAACACCAAAUUCUCGUAGCUAACAUACCAGGCAAUGUGUAGCAGCUAGAGGGGAGAAUUAACAAUAAGAUCUUGAGAGUUAAGGGUUAAGAGUAAACUGGAUGUAAAAGGUGGGAAAUAUUCACUUGAACUUCGAACCACGAACUCUGAAAUCGCGGGCUCAAUUCUUCAAUAUAAUCCGUGAAGGCAGACAAGGAUUCCCUAACUCUGCGGAGUUUUCUCUUUUUUUUUUUUUUUUUUUUUACCUUUGUAAGAGGUAAAACUAUCCAUGGGUAGAUGAAAGGGAAAAAAAAGCACGUAAAGGAGGCUGGAGAGGGAAAAGAGGAAAGCGAGACCUAUUGCUCGUUCCAUCGUUACUAGAGGAAACAUUGGAAACGAAUUUACCAUCGCUCUUUCUCGCGUACUUCUCAUUUUCUUUUCUGUUUAAAAUGAUUUGCUUACCAGUGUGAAUUUCUCUAUGGGGGAUAUGCAGCAGGUAAAGUUGAGAUUCCAUUUUUAUGACCCCAUCAGCUGACCGAAGCCUUAAGAUUCUCUUUGCUCAACUUUCACAGUUGCAAAUGUUAUGAAACCUUUUUUUUCCCGCAGCUCUACCAAGAAGGUCCGUCUGAGAUUGCGCGGGCUGGGAUGACUUUUGAAGAGCUACAGAAACGAACUGGAUUGGCCGAGAGAACCCGGGACGAGGCUUUACGGAGAGUAGAUAGCCUUAAUUCCACGCUCAGAAAGAUAGAAACAAAGUAAAUAAGCAGAUUAUGCAUGGCAUCGUUUGAUUGACUGUUUCUUUGUUUGUUUAUUUGUUCCUUGUGAUAAAUCAGGCGGACGGGAAUUCGAUAUCAGUUAACACUAAGCAGAGUUUUAAUGUAUAGCCGUCAGGUGAUUUGACAGGUCUCUGGUCCUAGUUGUUCAAAGGGUGAACACCGCUAUUCACUGGAUAAAUCUCUAUCCGCUGGAUAACGCAGCACGUUUAGAUAAUACUCACCCGCUGGAUAACGCAGCACGUUUAGAUAACACUCAUCCGCUGGAUAACGCAGCACGUUUAGAUAACACUCACCCGUUGGAUAUCCAUUUAUCCAUCCUUUGAAUUACCACUCUCAGGAAGACGAUAUUUAUUCCUUCAUCAUUUCAAUUUCCAUCUUUUUCUAGUGGUGAAUCUUUAAGUGCUCUACUUUCGGCCAUUUUGAGUAUGUUUUACUUUACUACGUACAACCUACUUUUUUAUGCUUUUGCCUCUAGACACGAACAAGAAAAAUCUCAGGGUGUCUCUGAAAUUGGCGAACUUAAAAGGAGAAUGAAACAACUAGAAGAAGAAAAUGAAGAGAUUUCUGACAACAGACUUCAACUGAUAGGUAAAGAAUCAUUUUUCUGCUGUUGCGGCCAUAUUUAAUCAAUUAUCUUUGCGCAUGUCCCUUCCAACUCCUCCUCCCUCCCUCCCUCCCUCUCUCACCCCCCUAUCACCCCCCUCCCCAAGCGUAGUGGAUUAUGUUGCCGACUUAAUUACGAUUACUAAUGAAUUGAUCUUCGAAAAUAUUUUGAAGAGUAUAAAAAUUAAUUUUACGAAGUCAUGUUUUCACGAUUGAAGAACAUUUUACUGUAAACUUCAUUCCCUUACUCUCUCAGAUGAAAUAGACAAGCAGAAACGGGAACUUCUCCAAGCCAAACAAGCGAAAGAGACCGCCGAACAUCAGUGCACUUUGGAGGUAUUUUUUUUAAAAAGUGUUUGUUGCCUUCUCGUAACCUAAUUCAGGAUCUAUGUAUUUUCAAUAUCUAUGUAAAGAUGUCUUUUAUAGUAAGGCACAAUUAUCUCUUGAAUAGUUUCCGCCAUUCCUGUAUUUUGUCCACGGAUCUAUUCUUUUCUCUUUGGGUAUCGUCGAGAACGCGAACGAAAUGGGAGUCUUGGGUUUUAAAGAACGCAAGCCCCAUGUGGUGGGGAAAGAACAUCAACGAACAUUAAUUUUUUUUUUCACCUGUUUCACAGUCUCUCCCUUACUUCGCUCUUUUUUGCCUGACUUUAAAAAAUAAAUAAAUAAAUAAAGAAUGGACGGACUUCCACCUUUGUGAUGUUUCCACAUUGCUCUAGUCGACCAAUCAAAAUCCAUGGGUGAUUCUAAAUGGGAGCAGAACUGUGUCAAAGGGGUUCCCAGUCGAAAAAAGAUCGUUCAAUUUUCUUUCUCGUUAAAACUAAUUAAGUUAAAGUUUUCCGUUUUCUUUUAUUGUUCUUAAUCUUUUGGCUGCGGAUAAUUUCUCUGCGCUGUAUCUUUAAAACAGAAGUCCUUAUCUUUUUUCAGGUUUCAUCGCUCAAUCAACGACUUGAGCAACGGGAAAGAGAGUUUGAAUCACGACUUCGAAACGUGGAGGAGAUGAACAGACAGUCGGUGAAUGAACUCAGAGAAAUGUUGAAUGGACAACAGAAACUUGGAGCACAGUACGUGUUACCGUGUUCAGUCAAAAAGCUUUUAAAAAUGAUUAAGCUCUAGCGUGCUUCUAAAAUAAAACUCUUCUCGACGAGGAUGGGAUUCGAACCCACGCGUGCAGAGCACAUUGGAUUAGCAGUCCAACGCCUUAACCACUCGGCCACCUCGUCUGUUGACUGAGAUAUGACUUUCGUGAUGCGUGCAAAUCACUUUUUGUUCUUGGCAGGAGAAUUUAGUUCUUAAUCAAGAAUGUCCCUUACAUCGCCAUGGCUAUUAACCUUACGUUGUUGUGAAGGUGUUAGAUGUAUAAUAAAAGUCGAUCUCUUUGGUCUGUCAGGUGGAAAGAGGAAUCUAGAGCAGUAACGCAGAAAUUUGAGCAAACAGUGAAUGAGUUGAGGUGAGUUUUUAUUUUCCUUACAUGCCUAGUCUUUGGAGAGGAACAAAAAUAAUGAUAAGAAUUUACAACCAUUGCCCUUCUGUUGUCCAUAAUCUACGGCGCUUCUUCGAAGACGAAGUUUCGGUUUCCACAGCAACUUAUACUUCUUUAAAAUAAUUUUUGUUCGGUUUAAAACUUACGCCACAUUGAAAACUAUACAAAAUAUGGCCUAGAAAUUGGCUGAGGAAAAGAUUAGAGUUAUUAUAGAUUUUUUAUUCAUCUUAGUAGCUUUGCAAACAGUUAUAAUCCCUUCAAUUUUGAUUCACAGUGGGAUAGAAUCCCAGAAAUUUUUGCCCUAAUGUACAAUUUUACACCUAAAACUCCGGGUUGAAUUAGCGCUAACGCCUCUCAAACAACAGUCUCUAGCAGAACAACUUUCAUGGAAGUUGCAUUAGAAAAAGAAAAUGGAGAAAAGCGAAAAACAGUCUUAAACACUCUGAAUCGCCUCUCAGCAAAAGGUGUUCACUUCAUUUUUUUACCUUCUCUCUACUAGACAAGAGAUUAACAAGCAGAAACGAAGGAAUGAUGAACUGAAUGGCCAGUUGAACGAGGAGAGGCAGGCGAGAGAGGAGGUACUACUCGACAAUAGCCUUUAAGCGAUUGUCGUUCUUAGUAUUGGAAAAACAUGUUGUUGUUGUUUGUAUCUAAAGUGAGAGCGCUCCAAAAUCUGUUUCAUUUGCCUUUUCGUCAAAGUUUACGUUAAAGUAGUUCUGGUGUCUAUGGUUCCUCAUACGGGAAAAACUCGGAUUAUGGGACACCAUCAGGAGAGGAAAAAGUGUCCCUUGAGUAAAAGAGUCUCUUCAUUGAUGUUAGCAGACACGAAACUUACGCGAGCAUCCUUUUCCAAAUAAGGACGAAAUAUUUGUUCCUCAAAUAGGGGCGUCGCGAGGGAGAGGUUCCGCUCUUGCUGUUUAGAGAUUUUUGCGCUGGCUGCUAACCUUCUAUUUUCCUUUUAUCCUCUUUGCAGUUGGAAUCCAAGCUUUCGUCAUCAAAGCUUUCUCACGAGAAACUUCAAAGUAUGGUCGUCGAUGCAGAAACAAGAGCAGAUGCAGCAAGCUCUCAGGUAUAAUAACGACAUGUCUACACGCAGUGCGCUAUCCUGUUUUAUUAUACCAAAACUAAUAAAGACAUGUCUACCUGUCCUAUCAUAACGAAACUUUUUUUGUUGUUGUAUGUUGUUGUUGAUUUAGUUAUUUCCUCGUUACUAUUUUCCCGUGAAAGAGCCAAACAAUCAACUCACCUCAUAUCACUCGAGUCUUUCAAAUCGUUAUUGCAAAAUUUCUAGAGACAUUCAGUUGAGUCUUUAACCCUUUACACCCUAAGAUCAGAAUGCAUAUUCUCCAUACUGUUCUCAAUACAUUUCCUAAGGAGAAGACAAGGAGAAUCUGUUUACUAAUCAAGAGCUUCAUUAGCUGGUGAUCAUUUUCUUUAUUCUCGUAACCUUAAUGUGUGAAUUGGGGAUGAUAUUGUAAGGAGAAAUUAGAUGCUGGUCACUCUCGGGGUUCAAAGGGUUAAGGAAAUCCGGGAAUGCGUUGAUCUUUCGUUACUGUGGUUUUUGUUUUACAACUAAAUGAGCGCUAAGAAGAAAGAGUUGCUUGUCUUCUAGCUUUCUUAAAUUUUAUCUCAGCUUUGUUUAUUUUUUAAAAAAAGUGGCUUUGGCCUCAGUUGUUUUAACACUAUAGGUAUCAGGCACCGAUCAUUUUUAUUGCUUUUUCUUAGGUAACUACACUUUUAAAUCGUGAGAGGCAACUUUUACAAGAAAGAAAACUCCUCAACCGCGAAUUCGAGAGGCUCAAAUUAGAAAAGAGUCGGCCUGGAUACAACAGAAUCCGGGAACCUCCUCAAAGACUUUCAGACUUGUUAAGUACCGCAAACACCGGAGCUUCUGCUCAUGAGCCUGCAGUUCGUUUGGACCUGAUGUCUCCAAGGGAUGAUGGGUAUUUGCGAGAACUUGACGGUAUUGGAUCCAGAACAAGUUACAACGGAAUUUCAAGAGACAGAGUUAUACUUUGAUGAAGCAAGAAAACAAGUCUCUUUUGAGGUUGUACAUAAAGCAUCUCUACUAUUCAGUCUUGGUGACUUUUAAGCUCCUUCUGAAGUAUUUGUAUUUCGUCAAGGAGAGACUUGAUGUGCAACACGCCCAUGGCUCUUGCGGUGGAUAAGUUUGUAAAAUGAUAACAUUUCGAUCAAGCAAAGACAGAUUUUUAAUUUAAUGCCCAAAGUAAAUUGAGAUUGCAUUGGUUUUGCUUUACUUCGUCGUGUAAUUUGUCCCGAAACUCGUGCCACUUUUUCAACCAAUCAGAUGCAAGACGUAAACCAAUUGCGACUCGGACCUCGCGUUUUCCCGCGCUUCAGUUCUAGUUGUCUCUUGGCGAUUGUUUUGUCUUUACGUCACUCAAGCGAUGUGCACUGUAUAAUGCAAUAUUUGUCUUAAUUUCUCGAAACAUUCUCGGUAUUUAUUUCAAACUAAGCUUUGAAGACAGGGAGUUUCCUAGUCCAGUAGAGCCUGGGAUUUAUAAACAACGGUUUUCAUCUACCAUUUCAGACAGCCAGAUAUUUUACCACAAUGGAUUUAAAUACACCUUCUGUGUCGUCACGAUUAGUUCACCUCACAGAUCUGAUGUCUGAUGUUAACAAUACAGUAUUAAUGAGAAGACCAUAAACAUAUCGUCUAAGUCAACUCUCUACUAUUUAUAGUUAGUUCAAGAUAUCUCUUUGGUUGCACAAUUAUCUCCAACGUGUGGGAAACCACAAAAUAUUAGUCUGAUGUGAUCGGAAAAACCAAAAUAUGAAUAUUAAAUAUAACAGGAACAAAGAUGGCUAAGAAUGGACAAGAUUGACGUGGAUUUCUUUUCAUGACGAAGUUGAAAAUUUCAGACUUAUUUUUUAAAGAUGUUCAAAUCGUGACGAAACUUUUUCAAUGGUUAGCAUUUACAUGGUAAGCGAUCCGUAAGCGUUCACAAAACUUUUGUACUGAUGUGUUUUGAAUCUGAAAACAUCUUUUGGUGUGGCAGAAAUAUUGCUAUCUGACAAAAAUUUGGCAUUGCCCCACGGAAGAUGAUUUCCAAGUGCGUUAACUCAUAUAUUGUAUAAAGGUUUUAAAUGUAACUGUA